UCCAUGCGCCGCGGCUGCACACACACAAGACACCGGCUUCGUGCGAUUCUUCUGUCGAGUGAAAAUAUGUCUACUGUUCGAGAAGCUGAUGAAUACGCGGAUAAAUGUUACUCUUGUCUUUACAAUAUUUAGCGUAAUAUUAGGUUUGCGCUGUUGUAGUAUUAGUUUUGUGAUCCACGUGGCCACAUUGAUGAUAUUUCGUGUGUACUGUAGUUCUGACAGUGGUUUUCAAAACACUAAGUUUGUGUAGCAUCUCCACGUCCAGACUAGAAUGAAGUGCCACUAUGAGGUGCUGGGCGUUAAAAGAGACGCGUCGGACGACGACCUGAAAAAGGCUUAUAGGAAAUUAGCCUUGAAAUGGCACCCAGACAAGAACUUGGAUGACGCAGAGGAGGCUGCAGAGGAGUUCAAACUUAUCCAGGCUGCGUAUGAUGUUCUGAGUGAUCCGCAGGAGAGAGCCUGGUAUGAUAACCACCGAGAGGCGCUGUUGAAAGGGGGUGUCAGCGGAGAGUACCAGGAUGACAGCAUUGAUCUCUUGCAGUUCUUCACUGUCACCUGCUACUCAGGUUACGGAGAUGAUGAAAAGGGCUUUUACACCAUAUACAGGAAUGUGUUUGAGACUAUCGCAAAGGAGGAGAUGGAGCACAGUAAAGAUGAGGAGGAAGAAGAUGAGGAGCAGUUUCCCUCAUUUGGAGAUUCUCAGAGUGACUAUGACACUGUGGUACAUUUAUUCUAUGGCUACUGGCAGAGCUUCUGUACGCACAAAAACUUUGCAUGGAAGGAGGAGUACGACACUCGACAGGCCUCCAACCGCUGGGAGAAGAGAGCCAUGGAAAAAGAGAACAAAAAAAACAGGGACAAGGCCAGGAAAGAGCACAGCGAGCUGGUGCGCCAACUAGUGGCCUUCGUCCGAAAGCGUGACAAGCGUGUUCAGGCCCAUAAGAAGCUGGUGGAAGAGCAGAACGCAGAGAAGGCCAAAAAAGUUGAAGAACUGAGGAGAAAACAGAAGCUCCACCAGGCCAAGCUGGUGGAAGACUAUCAGGAACAGAGUUGGACUGCCAUGUCAGAGCUGGAGAAAGAACUGCAGCAGAUGGAAGCGCAGUACGGUCAAGAGUUUGGUGAUGCAUCAGAGAGUGAAGAGGAGGAGGAGGAGGAGGUGGAAAAUGGGCAGGAGAGGGCAAAUGUGGACAGGGGAGAUGUGGUGCAGGCAGAUGGUGCCGUGGAAAUGGACGACUAUUAUGAUGACCUGUACUGCCCUGCCUGUGACAAAUCUUUCAAAUCCGAUAAAGCUAUGAAAAACCAUGAGAAGUCUAAGAAACACAGAGAGAUGUUGGCAUUGCUACGGCAACAGCUGGAGGAAGAAGAAAAGUCGCUGAGUCAGAACUCUGCCGAGAGAGAGGAGGAUGACGACGAUGAACUCGAUGACACACCGAGACAAAAAUUAUCUAAAAGGCAGAAGAAAAAGAAACGUCAGCAGAAAAACAUAAACAAUCUUCCAGAAGAGCCAGAGAUUGACAGUCCAGUCCCACAGUUCACAGAAGAGCGUCCCCCACCUGCACCUGAUUCGGGCAACAAUGAGGACACCCCUGUCCUCUCUGAGGACCCAGAUGAGAAAAUAAAACCAGAGGGAUGUGAACCCACAAACCAAAAAAGCUCUUCAAAGACAAAAGGGAAGAAAGGCGGAAAAGACUCUAACAAGGACGGCAAACCAAACGGAGGUGUGGAAGCUGCACAAGAGAGGGAAGUCAACCUGCGCUGUGUGACCUGUCAGUAUGAAUUCGCCACCAGGAACAAACUUUUCGAUCAUCUGAAGACCACGGGCCACGCCACCGCCCUCUCAUCCAGUAACGCUGCCCAAACGUGCAAGAAAAAGAAGGACGCCAGGAAGAACAGAUAACUGAGGCAGACUGAAGACUGCCCCUCUGAAUGUACAUUGUAAAAACCUCUGCUGGUAUUUCUUUUUAUUUUUUUUUACUUCUUUGAUGACAUGCAGUUCUGCAACCAUCAGGCAGCGAGUGCGUUUCUGUCCCUACGAAAAUUAAUUUGUGCCCCAUGAGCUGACAUCUCUUUUGUAAUGCACCAUAUGCCAAAAGAUGUCCCUAGAACUGCCAUUUAUUCCUAACUGAUGUGUAAUCUGAUGCCUCAGAGCUGAUCUGUAGGCGAAUGAGACUUGGAUAUUUUAGAGUAGGCCGUGCAAAUGUGGUUUUGUUUUUAGGAGGUUGAGUAAUUAUUUUUAUAGCGCAUUUUAUGUCACAUUAAGUUGCGUUUUCAUAGUCGCCAUUCCAUUCUGGUAACCUGUAAAAGGCAACAUGAGGAAUGAAACUCCACUGGAUAUUUUGAAAAUGCUUUUUUUGAUUAUUUCACAGAGCUUUAAUUUAAUUGGAAGUGUUUUGGAACACAAAACUCUUUGUUUGGAGAAAUGUGCAAUGAACUGCAGCAUCUCACAACAAUGUUAUUAUUAGUAAUAAGACCAAUGGGUUUAUGAUUGUGAAAAGAGUAAAAACUAAACAUUCAGAUAUUUUUAUUGUACCGUGUAAUGGGUAAGCUGCGGAAUAAAAAAGCUUAGUGUUAUGCAAAACAAUACCAUGUGAUUUCCAGGAAAGGAUCUCAAAAAGAAUCGGAACAAAAAAACAACGGAUGCUUAUUUAAUAUACAAUUGAUUUCUUACAGGACAAAAAUAUCCGUAUAAUCUUCACAUAACGUUUUAAGGGACAACAGAUUUAUUUAUUCUAAAAUUGACCUUGCUUGCCUUAAUCGUAUAGACUGUAAAUGUCAUUUGAACUGGGUAGGGCUGCCACUAACGACUAUUUUUAUUUCGAUUAAU